CUCCCAAAUCAAAACAAAAGAAAAAAAAUCAACCAAAAUGGCCACCCCAAGAAAAUUCGCUACUCCUGUCCCUGACAGACACCAUCCUCAUACUCUCUCAGCUAUUGAUUUCCAAGGUGCUAGCUCUGCAGCAGCAGCAAAGGCUAUGAAGGCCGAGCUGGCUAGAUUCGCAGCCCAGAUCCCCAAUGAAGAGAGACGCAAGUUCUUCCAAUUGGAGAUGGAUAACUUUUAUAUGCUCUUUGCACGUUUCCUAGACGAGAAGGCCAAGGGUGCUAAGAUUGAAUGGGAGAAGAUCCAAUCUCCUUCAGCAGAGCAAAUCGUGCCUUACAAGGACAUUCCUGUAACUACCUCUACUACCGAUCUCAGUAAGCUCGCUGUACUCAAGCUUAAUGGUGGUUUGGGAACUACUAUGGGUUGCGUCGGACCAAAGUCUGCUAUUGAGGUCCGUGACGGCAUGACCUUCUUGGACUUGAGUGUCCGUCAGAUCGAGUACUUGAACAAGAAACAUGAUGUCAGCGUACCAUUUAUUCUUAUGAACUCCUUCAACACUGAUGAUGAGACCAAGCGCAUUGUGCAAAAGUACGCUUCUCACAAUGUCGACAUCAUCACUUUCAACCAGAGUCGUCACCCCCGUAUCAAGAAAGAGUCCCUUCUUCCUGUGCCUCUCACUGUCGAUGCACCUAUUGACCAAUGGUACCCUCCCGGUCACGGUGAUUUGUACGAGUCCCUGUACAACUCUGGUCUGCUUGAUACCCUUUUGUCUCAGGGCAAAGAGUACCUGUUUGUGUCCAACGUGGACAACUUGGGAGCCACAGUUGACCUCAAUAUCCUUCAUCAUAUGGUUGAGAGUGACGCCGAGUUCAUUAUGGAAGUCACUGACAAGACUAAGGCCGAUAUCAAGGGUGGUACUCUCAUUGACUACGAUGGUCGUAUCCGCCUUCUCGAAAUUGCACAGGUGCCUGAUGAGCACGUCGAAGACUUCAAGUCGGUCAAGAAGUUCAAGAUUUUCAACACAAACAACUUGUGGAUUAAUCUCAAGGCUAUCAAGCGUGUUAUGGAUGAAGAGGCCAUGGAACUAGAGAUCAUUGUCAACAACAAAACGACCGAGAGCGGAGAGAAGGUUAUCCAGCUUGAGACAGCUGUUGGUGCGGCAAUUCAGCACUUCAAAAAUGCACAUGGUGUUAAUGUUCCCCGUGCUCGUUUCUUGCCUGUCAAGUCUACUUCUGACUUGUUCUUGGUCACCUCUAAUCUCUAUGCGCUUGUUCACGGUGAACUCCACAUGAAUCCUCAGCGCAUGUUUAACACCGUCCCACUCGUCAAGCUUGGUGACCAUUUCAAGAAGGUUGCCCACUUCCUGAGCCGCUUCAAGACCAUUCCCUAUAUUCUCGAACUUGACCAUUUGACCGUGACAGGAGACGUAACUUUUGGUUCCCAUGUCGAGCUGCGCGGUACAGUAAUCAUUGUAGCUAACCACGGUGAGCGAAUUGAUAUUCCCUCGGGUUCAAUGUUGGAGAACAAGGUUGUUACCGGCAACCUUCGCAUCUUGGACCAUUAAAAACAAUAACCGCAACAACCUUCCCAUAUCCCCCCUUUUUUCUUCUUUUCUUCUUUUCAUCUUGCUCUACUUUCAAGUAGUAACCCUAAUAAGCUCAUCCACAAAAAAAAACACUUUCCCUUCAUCUCUUUAUCAUUCCAGUUUGAUCAAAAAAAAAUAGGAUAAAUAAAUAUAAAUAUAAAUAUAAAUAUAAAUAAACAUGAAAAGCAAAAAAUAAUCAUUGAUUCAAACU